AUGCAAUAAUAUUACUAAGGUCACACCAGUAAUGACCAUUAGAACCAAAAAUAGACCUAUACGAGUCUGCCCACUACCAGCUGACUGACUUCUGCUUUGUGUUCCGGGUUGGUGCCUCGAGGAGAGAGAAGUGAGGAAGCGCGAGGAGGAGGUAGAGAGGGAGGGGUUAAAUCCUGCUAGAAAAGUUUUGUUUGGCUGCUUUAAAAGCUGUAAAGUAAGUUUGUUCAGUCACAUGGCUCGGCUCUGUUUUAAAUGUCGCCUGGGUUUACAGGGAAACAGCGCGGAGGGACUACAAGGUGCAACAUGAUAGAGUAGUCUGCUCGGAGGGAGAGUGUUUGCAAACACUGUGACACCUUUCACAUGAGAUAACCGUGUUCAUGAGGUGACAGCAGCUCGUAUUUAAACACACCAAACGAUGGCAGACGGAAACCACACGGUUGUUUACUUCUCCGAGCAGGUGGUCGUUUUGUGCUCGUGCGCGCUGUCGUUCGUGGGGUCGUCGCUCAUCAUCCUCACCUACAUUAUCUGGUCAGAUUUGAGGACGACUCCGAGGAAGCUCCUGGUCUACCUCUCGGUGUCUGACUGGCUGUCUGCCGUCUCCUACGCCUUCGGGGUGUGGAGAGUUUUCCACACUGACUCGGUGGACUGCGUCGUUCAAGGAGCCAUAUCCACUUUCGCCAACACCAGCUCUUUCUUCUGGACCGUGGCCAUCGCCGUUUACCUGUACGUCUUCAUCGUGAGGUCGAGCCAAAGGGUCGCCGACAGGCUGGUGUGGGUUUUCCACCUCGUCAGCUGGGGCGUUCCUCUCAUCAUCACCAUUGCAGCCGUGUGCAUGAACAAGAUUGGCUACGACGCGUCAGAGGUGUCGGUGGGCUGGUGCUGGGUCAGGAUCCAUGCUCCUGACCGGGUCCUGUGGAUGCUGCUGACUGGGAAGAUCUGGGAGUUCCUGGCUUACCUCACCCUGCCUGUCCUCUACAUCCUGAUCAAGAGGCACAUCCACAUAGCUCACGCUGCCCUGUCCGAGUACCGUCCCAUUUUGGCCAACAGGCCUCCGUCCCACUCCUUCUCCUCCAUGGCUGACAGAAAGCUAACUCUUAUUCCUGUUAUCUUCAUUGUCCUGCGCAUUUGGAGCACAGUGCGCUUCAUACUGUUGCUGGCAGGCUCUCCAGUCAGACAGAACCCAGUGUUGGUCACUCUACACGGCAUUGGCAACACCUCGCAGGGAGCAGCCAACUGCAUCAUGUUCGUAUUGUUUACUCAGCCAAUUCGCACACGCCUGUGCGCCAUGCUCUGCUGCUGCUCCAAGUAUCGAGCAGAGGCGCAGCACUCACGUGACGCCCCUAACAGGCUGCUGCCGGGACAGGACGCCUCCACACAGAGAGAAGAGGACAGCGCCAGCCGAGCCGGGACCGAUAGAUGAUAGAGACAGAGGAGAUGAGCAAAGAUCGACAUGGAGGGAGCCGGUGCACGGCCUCCGUUUCUACGCUGAACCUCAUUACACCGAGUGCCUGCAGAGAGGGUUGGAGAUUCUGCAGGUGCAUGCACAUUUGUGUGUGUGUAUGCUGCAGGAAAAGUCACACGCCUGCACUUCUGGUGAUGAGGAUGAUGCUGCCCAACUGUACACCAGCGUUUGGUGAAGCAUUUUGAAUAUGACUUAAAUUGCACAUGCAGAUAAAUUUCGUACUGUAGCUCUGUAGAAGUGCUGUAUAACAAACUUUAAGCUUCCGUCAUCAUGUCUUUGUACACGUUUCCCAUUUGCUUUUCUGAAAAAUGGUACACUCCAUGAAGGACAAUUUUGUAGCUUUAUUUAUAAUGGGCUCACUUACAUUCUGAGGUUAUCACUGUGAAAUGAAUAUUCAGUUUUCAUCUUGUUCCGCUGAGUAUUCAAGUAUUGUAUUUAUGGGGGAAAGUUACCUACAUUUUAUUUUAAUGUAAUGGAAUUAAUUGUAAUGUAGCAUUCUCACUCACUAGGUGAUAAACAUACUGUAAACAUGUUACUUUUUACUGAGACUGAAUUUUCUCUACGUUCAGUCAUUGUUUUGCUGAAAUGUGCUUCCGAGCUUUGAGGAGAGUGACAGCACGACACGAAAGCAGCACAUUUAGUCAUAUUUGUACUAAACAAAGAGCGUCUGAAAGAUACAAGCAUCAGAUGAACAGAGUAGAAGAAAACAAUACUGCUGCUGUGAUUUGACAAGUUUCUGUAAAUGUUUUGACACUGAUUUUCCAGCGGCAUGAACUCAGGUUAGCUACAGCUGCAGUUGUGUACAUGGAGUUUUUACAUCUUUCAAGCAAGAUAUUCAAAAUAUGUUUUUAAAGUUUGAGAUAGAUUGCUUUAACAUAUUCUGUGAUGUACCUUUUAAUAUUGGAAUACAUUUCCAAUGUAUAUCCAGUCGGACUUUGGGUGUAUUCAGAGGGUUUGUGUGAAGAGACUUGUUUACACCUGACAAUGAGGUGACGAUAUAGGUGCAGUUUUCUGUCCGUGUCCAAACACCAGUUACAUUAAAAUAUAAAACAUU